AUGGAACGAUUUUAUAAUAAUACUGGCUACAUCAAUCCAUCUGCAACAGUAUAUAAACGAAAAUCCAUAAGAGAAGAUUCUACUCCUUCCACAUCUCAGCAAUCCAUUGAAGAAAUUACUUUAAAUAAUCCUUCCACAUCUCAGCAAUCCAUUGAAGAAAUUACUUUAGAUAAUCCUUCAACAUCUCAGCAAUCCAUUGAAGAAAUUAAUUUAAAUAAUCCUUCCACAUCUCAGCAAUCCUUAGAAGAACAUACUUUAAAUACGAGUUUAAAUAAUACAUCUAAAAAAUAUACUGCAAAUCAUCCUUCCACAUCUACUUAA